CUCUGAGACCUACACUGUUACACUAGUAAAAUGGGUGCGUUCCAGAGCAACGGCAACGUGAUUGUAAUCGAUGCGCACUUUGGAUUCUGCGCUCUCUAAUCUGAAAUAUUAUUGUUUAAUCAAUCAACAAUAUGCUAUUACCUGUGCUGUACGUACUUUUUAACCUUUGGUCUUGGAGAAUGUAUUAAUCAAUACAUUCUCCAAACAGAGAUGGUCUAUGAGGGUACGAGAUGGGACGAAUACACCUUGCAUAUUACGACAUAUGAUCAGAGACGGAAAGGAAGCGAGACAUCCCACUCCCUCAUUUUUUAUGGUUCAUAUACAUUAGACCAGACCACAGUUUAUAUCGCAUAGCCACCCCAGCACCAUGUUUUCAAGGAUAAACGCUUCAUUUAUCCACCAUAUUUGGUAUGAUGACUCUUUUGAUAUACUGAGGGGCGACGACCGUCGACCGCCAUCUUAGUUCGGGGCAAUAUCAUGCCGAAAAGUUGUUCUGCAUAUAACUGUACCAAUAGGUACAGCAAACAUACAGAUAUUACUUUUCACAGAUUUCCUUUCAGCAAACCAACUGUAUUUAGACAAUGGCUGGAUAACAUAUGCCGAGAUGACUUUUAUCCAAAGAAACACAUGGUCAUCUGCUCACUUCAUUUUACUACGGAUUGUUUCAGCGGCUUAGGCAACCGCAAAAACUUGCUGUGGAAUGCUGUACCCACCCUCUUUACAUUCCCACCACCAAAUUCCAAGAAAAGAAAGUCAGGAAAAAGGCUCAAAAUGCUUCCAAAGUGUGUCACUGUGUCCCAAGAAAAGAUGGAAACACAGAAUGACCUGGACCCAGAAGAGAGACUACUAUCCAAAUCUGCAGAGGGCAACAAGAAAGCUACACAGAAUGGUCCCACUAUUGAUUCAGGAGGACCAUGGACAGUUAACAUCCGCACAGCCUUCGCAAAGAAAACAAGAGCGCGGCCUCCGCCAGCUGGCUGGACAGAGCCUCUCCUGUCAUCUCCAGCGGACGAGCAUUAGCUUAUGCCCAUACCAUAAUCCCACCAUGGGGCUCUCUGUUGACAACGGUGACAUCCGCAAAACGCUCGCCCACACCACGCCAUACACACUGUCUGCCAUCUGCUCAGUACAGUUGAAGCCGGGAUUAAUCCAUGAAGAGCACACUUCUCCAGCGUGCCAGUGGCCAUCGAAGCAUGUUGUCAUCUUCGAUCACAGUUACUCGCUGUCUGACCCAUGUGCAGUGAAGGCCCAGCUAUUCAAAGCCUUGGAUACCAACAAAUGGCUCAACAGAAGGUUACAAAUGAAGAGCCAGCUGAUCAACAAGAUGAGGUUUAAAUUGAAGGCAGCACGCGCCGAGUUGUCAGGUCUACGCAGCUGGCAGAAUCUGGCCAGGGCUGCUGGUAAAGUAUCUAUACGGCCAAGUGUACAGAGGAUAGUUGUGAAUGAUAUCAGCUGACACAUUGAUUGAUAUUGGUUUUAUUGGAAAGCUAUUUUGUAUUGGAACACCAGUUAAAUGAAUUUGGUGAUCCUCUUCUGAAAACAGUCUUGAAGACAGACUUUUUUGCCAAUUUCAUCUUGGUCAAUGAGUGUAAAAUAUUUAUUUUGGAAAGCUUUGCAGCCCGAUCCAUCUUGCUGCCAUCUGCAAAACCAUUCUUUGGAUAAUAUAGUACACUUUUUCCAAGAGUCUAAAGGGACCUUCCUGGACUGAGUUUUUAUUCCUGAAUUAAAGUCAAUCAAGGAUUCUAA